AUGAUGAUGGUAGUGACGAAGAAGAUUUUGUUGUGCUGGUCACUUCCCAUCUAUCAUCCAUACCGCACCCCCAAUGCCCUAGUGGACGAGUUCGACCUCUUCGACAACGACGUCGGCCACAUCGUCGGCGAGGUCGCGGCCACCCACCCCAACGGCGGGACCGGAUGGAGCGGCGACCUCAUGCCCUUCCCCUGGUGGAUCGGCACCGUCGGCGAGGCCGUCUCCCUCAUCGGCUACGAGCGCAACGCGGACCGCAUCCCCGCGACCUUCUACGCCCCCGUCCUCCGCAACAUGAACCGCUGGCAGUGGGCCGUCACCAUCGUCCAGUUCGCCGCCGACCCCAGGCUGACCACCCGCUCGACCUCGUGGUACGUCUGGGAGCUGUUCGCCGCCCACCCGAUGACGCACACGCUUCCGGCCGAGGGCGAGUUCGAUCCCCUUUACUAUGUCUCGGGGACCAAUGAGGACAAGAGCUCGUAUAUCUGGAAGGGUGCCGUGUACAACACGACUAACCACGAGAACGUGUCUGUUUCUAUUUCGUUCGAGGGCGUCGAGGCGGGAAGGAAGGCGGCGCUUACGGUAUUGACCAAUCCAGGUGGUGACCCUUUUGCCUACAAUGACCCUCACACUGGAGUCAACAUUGUUUCAAAGGACACUGUGUUCUUGAGCGCGGGAGAUGGCGGGGCCUUCGAGUUCCAGCUGCCGGAGCUGAGUGUAGCUGUGCUCGACACGGACUACGAGAGUGCUUGUAAGAAAAAGAAGUAG